GGCUCUCUACUCGGAGCCCAGCCGCCGUGACCCGACACUGCGUCCCCCCUCCGUGCCAUCCAUCCGUCCGCUCAAAAGGCCAAGAAAUAACCCGAGGCUUCGUCCACGUAGGGGAGAAAAAAAAACCCACCGCGCUCUUCCCAAGUCUCUCCGGCGCUGCAAGGAACCAAACCAAACAGCCAGCAGUCUCCAUCGCUUCCGUUUCAACCCUGUUCUCCCUCUGAUCUCCGGCGUCGAACACCUAAGUCCCCGCUCCUCCCCGACCCCGAUCCGAUCGCCGGCGAAAGCCCCGCGGAGAAAGACGGCGGGCCUCCGAACCCUCGCGCGCCUCGGCGUCGUCGUCAUCCUCUGAUGGGAGGCGGGAGAGGCGGUGGCGUGGCUGAUCUCGCCGGAUGUGGGAGCUGAGAUGCAGCGGGAUACGUCGGGAAUCCCCUCGUUCCUCGACGGCGGCCGUCCCACCCAGGAGUUCGAGAGCCCGGGCCCCCUACUGUUUCUUUCCUUGCUCUUCCUCCAGGGCGGAGGGAUGGAUCUGUCCCGGGUCGGCGAGAAGCUCCUCAGCUCCGUUCGCUCGGCCAGAUCUCUGGGUCUCCUGCCCCCGGCGUCCGAUCGUCCGGAGGUUCCAGCUCGGGCAGCAGCUGCUGCUGCUGUUGCUCGUGCCCUUGCUGGACUUCCCCCACAUCAAAGGACUAUCCUUCCAUCAAAUUCUGGAGAAUUGGUUUCAAUCUAUAGCAGUAGAUCUCAAGAUCUAGUUAUAGAAGAGCUUGAGGAAGACUUCUAUCAAGAGGAUUUUGAUCCAGUGAGGCAUAUUCUGGAAAAUAUUCCAUCUGAAGAAAACGAUGUUACUUAUUUUGAUCAGAAGUCUACUCUUCGAUUGGCCCAGCUCGAUAGGAUAGCAGAACAGUUGUCACAACAUGUUAUGGAGCACCAUGAAGAGAUGGUGAAGGGGAUGCAGUUGGUCAUGGAGUUGGAGCAAGAUUUGAAAGUUGCCAAUGUCAUCUGCAUGAAUGGGAGAAGACAUAUAGCCUUGUCGAUGCAAGAGGUUUCAAGGGAUCUUGUUGUGAACUCACAUUCAAAAAAGAAACAAGCUCUAUUGGACAUGCUUCCGAUUCUAACAGAACUUCGUCGUGCAUUAGACAUGCAAAUGGAACUUGAAGCACUAGUUGAGAAUGGAAACUACUUUCAGGCGUUUCAAUUGUUACCAGAGUACUUGCAAGUUUUGGAGAAUUAUUCAGAACUUUCUGCUAUUCAAGAAAUGGGACUCGGUGUUGAGGCUUGGUUAGGAAGGACAAUUCAAAAGCUAGAUUCACACUUACUAGGAGUUUGCCAGAUGUUCAAGGAGGAAAGCUACAUAACUGCAGUUGAUGCUUAUGCAUUGAUGGGGGAUGUUGCUGGGCUUGCUGAAAAAAUACAGAGUUUUUAUAUGCAAGAAGUUCUCUCCAGAACACAUUCUGUACUGAAAGAUGUGGUACAAGAGGAAAUUGGAAAUACUAUGCAGAGAAGUAGAUUUACUUACAGUGAUCUCUGUGUUCAAAUACCUGAAUCCAAAUUUCGACAAUGUUUGUUAAAAACCUUGGAUACCCUAUUUAAGUUGAUGUGUUCAUAUUAUUCUAUCAUGAGCUUUCGGCUGGAAGAAAAGGAUUUUGAACCCCAAGCACUAAACUAUGAGUUGAAGAAAAGUAACACAUCUCAGUGCUUAGAAGGAAUUGUAGUUGAUUUGGAGUCACGGGUAUCAAGCAAUUCAGUUGUACGGAAUGAAUUUAAAUCUGAAUCUGUGCCAAAAAUGGAAGACUUUGAUUCAACAAAUAGUUCAUCUGUUGUUGGCGUAAGUGAAAAUCUGGGAUCAACAUCUUCAAAUUCUUGUACAUCAUCUACGGAGAGAAGCGAUGUUGAAACUGCUACAGCAAGAAGUGAUUCUCCAUUUUAUAAGCUGAGAAAAGAUACCACAGCAUUUGUUGCACAUACAUUAGAGAGAGGGAGAAAAAAUCUAUGGCAACUUAUAACAAGUCGUUUAUCUGUCUUGCUUUCCUGUUCUGCUAUCUGCUCAACUAGCAAUUACCAAUUUCUGAGGAACUAUGAAGAUCUUAAUGUAUUUAUUUUGGCUGGUGAAGCAUUCUGUGGAGUGGAAGCUGCUGAUUUCAGGCAAAAAUUGAAAGUUGUUUGCGAAAAUUAUGUUGCAGCCUUUCAUCGUCAAAAUGUUUAUGCACUUAAGAUGGUCCUGGAGAAAGAAUCUUGGGUGAAAAUGCCAGCAGAGGCACUACAAGUAAUCAGUUUGGCUGGUCUUAUUGGUGAUGGUGCUCCCCUGAUUGUUCCUUCUGUUGGUAAUGCUAACAUAUCGUCAGCACUUCACUCUAAAAAAAUGUAUGAUCCAACAUUUACUGGAAAGCAGAAUAAUGGAUUUGCCUGUUGGCUUAAGUCAGAAAAUUUAUUUUCUUCAAAGCUGGCAUCGGGCUCUAAAGAAUCACCAAAAGCUCAUUUAUUAUUCAAUGGAUCGAUGGCCUCAGAUUUAGCUGAUGGGCAUGCUGUUGAUCUCUUACAUAAUAACAGUAUGUCUGCAAAGGGUCAUUCUGGUAUAAAUGGAAGUAGUUCUCUUAUGGAGGAUGAAAAUGAAGAUCUUCUUGCUGACUUUAUUGAUGAGGAUAGUCAGCUUCCUAGUCGAAUAUCUAAAUCAAGACCUGCUAGAAAAAAUUUUGCUAAUUGGAAUGAUGAAGAAGUUUCAGCCCAAACGGGAUCUUCACUUUGUCUGCUAAGGUUAAUGGACAAAUAUGCCAGGCUCAUGCAGAAGUUGGAAAUAGUCAAUGUUGAGUUCUUCAAGGGCAUCUGUCAUCUGUUUGGGAUUUUUUAUCUUCAUACUUUUGAGACAUUUGGCCAACAGGACAUAAAUCAAAGUGGAAAAUCCUUACCAGAUACGCUAUCUUCUCGGCUUAAAACAGCCUUAUCGAAAAUUAUGCAAGAUUAUGACAUGUGGAUCAGACCCCAAAAUGUAGCAUGUUCACCCUCAUCACCCAUGUCAUUAAAUACAGCAUUCACACAUAUGGACGUAAUGCCUACUAUACCGCCUAGUACCAUGUUCGGGCAAGCCCCAAGUACUUCAUUUGGGUUGAAGGAAAGAUGUGCAGGUGCUGAAACAAUAUCACUAGUCGCACGACUAUUGUAUAGAUCGAGAACUCAUCUCCAGUCAAUGCUAUUGCAGCACAAUGCAACAAUGGUUGAAGAUUUUUUUGGUAAUCUGGUAGAUUCCGUUCCAGAUCUCUCUGAGCAUAUUUAUAGGACGACAGCACAUCUGCUUCUACAUAUCAAUGGGUAUGCAGAUAGGAUCGCAAAUGCAAAAUGGGAGGUGAAAGAGCUUGGGUUAGAGCACAAUGGAUAUGUUGACUUGUUAUUGGGAGAAUUUAAACAUUAUAGGACAAGGCUUGCACAUGGUGGAAUCUCUAAGGAGGUUCAGGACCUCCUCCUAGAGUAUGGACUUGAAAAUGUUGCAGAAGUACUUAUUGAAGGCCUAUCACGAGUAAAGAGAUGCACUGAUGAAGGACGAGCCUUAAUGUUAUUAGACCUUCAGGUCUUAAUUAAUGGACUACAACACUUUGUUUCCAUUAAUGUGAAGCCAAAGCUGCAAAUCGUUGAAACAUUUAUCAAGGCCUACUAUCUUCCAGAGACUGAAUAUGUGCACUGGGCACGAUCUCAUCUGGAAUACAGCAAAAGCCAAAUUGUAGGAUUAAUUAACCUUGUUGCUACUAUGAAAAGUUGGAAAAGGAAGACAAGGUUGGAAGUCCUAGAGAGAAUUGAAACUGGCGUUUAGAGUUGAAGGUGUACAAUUUCUGCAGCAUGUAGAGUUUAUUUGUGAUUAUUUCCGCUCUUAUUUCUUCUGUAGAUGUGAAAUAAAUAUCUCCUAGUACCAUUGUUCUUUGGUGUAUAUUUUCCAAACUAUAAUUUUGUAUCAUAGUCCUGUUUAAACAGAAAUAUCAGGUGUAUCCAAUCCAAACAUGGGCUCGCAGUCAAUAACAUAGAUCACUCUCGUUCAUAUAAGCUGCUAAACUGCUUAUGCAAAGAACUAGUACAUAAAAAUGUUGUAUAACAAACAACGCUUAUAUAUCAUUUCACAAUGAUGACAAUGAACAUGAUAUUACGGAUUACAGGAAAGACCUAUGUUCUUAAUAAUGAUUUUCAUAAUGACAGUGUACAGAAAUGUUCUUUUCCAUUUGGUGAGUUUAUUAUUUAGCAGCAGCCCCUUCCCUUUCUUUUGGAAGUUGGGUCACGGGUUAUGUCAUUUAUUGCAAGAUUUUGUCUUUAUGCUUAAUGUUGAAGUUCAGUGUGAUGACUGAUGAAUGGAGCAAAUGCGUUUUAUAUAUCCAAUUAGUAACAUAAAGUCUAACUUGGUUGUCUGUUGGCCUGGUAUUCUCUAUAAAAGCAUGCUACAGGACAUUGAAUCAAGGUCCCUGGCUCGUAGAAGUUCUGCAUGAAUAUACAAGUAGAAAUUGGUGGCUCAGCAUCCAACCCAGACAAAUAAAUAGCAUCUUGGCCUCAGGUGGGUCCUGCAUUGGAUGUAAGGUACGAAAGCCUUGACCUGAUGCCCAUCUGUUGAUAUGAAUCAUGUGAAUUUUCAGUUGAAUCUAUUGUUAUGGUAUAACAAUGUCGACUUAUUUUGUCUUAUAGCAGCAUGCUAUUGUGGAACCAUAUUUUGAGUUAAAGAAAUCAUGUCAUUUCUUAACUUCUUUUGUCUUAUUUUCAUAGCAUGAAUUUUUGAAACUUAAAUGUUGGGCUAGACCAUGCAAAAGCCAGUUAUAACGUGGCAAGGUCUCUCUCAUAUUCUGGAGGAUUGGUAGGUCAUUAACUCUGCCUCCUUCGUUGUAAACAUUUCCAAUGCCUUCGAGGAUAUAUAUGUUGGAUAUGCUCAAAUGGAUAAAAUGUUUGUAAGCAUUGAGGGUGCCUUCUGGCAGUACCACAAGAGACCGGAUUCAGAUAUAAUCUUCAUCAGGUUUUGGGAUACCAGCAUGGGCAUGUGUAACUUUGCCGAAUGCUAGCAAUGUACAGUUCCUUCUCUGUUUAUUUGCGAGGUGGCAACAGGUCUAGUCUUUGGCCUUUAUAAUAUAUGUAAGAGGAAGCAUAUGGACAUCAGUGGACAUUUUUCGUUACUACAGCAACGUAGAUAAACAUGUUCAUUUUUGGCUGGAGCAUUUACCUCUCCCAUUCAGGGAGAAAGCAAGAAUUAAACCGCAGCCACUAUUCUAUAUGGAUCAUGAUACUUGGAUAUUACUGCUGCGAGCUAUCUAGAGAAGGGCUUGGA